UCCGUGUUCAUGUUACUAUAAGGAGCUCCGAGAGGUUUUGAACAACACAUGGUUUCAUUUUACCGCUUCAUGACCGCCUGGGUGAGCCUAUACUGUAUCUGUCAUAGCCAGGCUACCGUUAGUGUGUUCCGUCGAAGACGCGCAUCGGGAGACCAAGCCUCCUUUCACUUGUUGUAAGGCGGCUUUUCUCACAAGUGGAUAAACGCAUAACCAUUUCCUCCAAACGAUGCGUAAAAGUAGCCUAAACCCCAAACAUCUGGAACUUGACACAGCAGUGUUACUGGACUGAGUGUGAUACAUAGACCAGAUUGUAUACCAUGCGAGGCUCUGGACAAAAUCCCCACUUUCUCCGGAGAUAGCAACGCUGUUAUUUCUUAAACUCCUGGAACGUCUGGACGAGGACGCCGCGGCGGUGUGAGAGAGAAAACCAUGCUGCUGCCGGGCAACGAAACGGGCUACGUCUGGACCGAGUUAUUAAACACCGGCAACCUGACGGCGUGUGCCGGUGAAGAAGACCACGGUGGUCCGGAGGCGGUGAUUGUUCCGGUGAUUUUUGGAUGUAUAUUUUUCCUGGGUGUCGUCGGGAACUCUCUAGUGAUGAUAGUAAUCGGGAAAAUCAAGGCCCGGCGCAACAGAAGUACGACAAACAUUUUCAUCCUCAAUUUAAGUAUCGCGGAUCUAUUGUUUUUGCUCUUUUGUGUCCCGUUCCAGGCUACUAUAUACUCCCUACCUGAGUGGAUAUUUGGAGCCUUUUUAUGUAAAUGUGUUCACUAUUUAGUGAUGGUGUGUAUGCUGGUGAGCAUCUUCACGCUUGUUGCCAUGUCAGUGGACAGGUACAUAGCUGUUGUACACUCCAAAAAGUCCCCCUGCAUUCGCAACAGGAGGAAUGCCCUCAUAGGGGUCUGUGUUAUUUGGGCACUGUCGUUCAUAUUCUCUAUACCAGUGGCGCAACACCAGAUACUUACUGACCACCCGGAAGCGCCGAACAGUUCGUUCUGCUGGGAAGCGUGGUACGCAAGCGCUUCCAAACACACCUACAAAGUCACUAUUUUAGUCAUUGGCUAUCUGUUGCCGUUGGGGUUGAUCAUAUGCUGCUAUGGGAAG